CAGUUCCAGACGUGAACACCACCACCACCACAACCACCACCAACGCUAGCCAGCUGGCCCUCGACGGGGUUCCUGUCUCUUCCCUGCGUCACUCGCCGACUUUGGUCUCGAAUCACACUCCUGCUAGAAAUGGACGUCCGGUCAGACCUUCUGUCCGGCUAUUCCUUUCGCUCGUCGGCGUCUGCGUCGGCGUCGGUUGACCGUCAUCGUCAUCAGCCCAACUUCGGCCGGUAUGAGUCCACGCUGGAUGACUCUGCUCGUGCGUAUCGUGCCACCGCUCUACAACAGCUCAACGGGGCUCCCAGGCCGCUGUCUUGGAAGAAUCGACAGACCAAUCAUUCCGCCAGCCGCUCCUCCACGCUGGCGACGCAGCCUGUGCUGGUGAGGGCCUAUUCCGGCGGUCCUGCUGAGGAUCGCUCGCCCCCAUCCAAGAUGUCUCUUCGACGAUCGUUCCCCUUCACUGGGAGCUCUCGGGCCCAGCAACGGGGACCGGAAAUUCCCUCCGAUGAAGAGUUCAGCAUCGAUAGCAUUCUCCGCGCCAUCGAACCGAACAUUCGUGGGACACUAGAUUCCAUCGGAGAGAUUUGCGGACGCAGCAAGCUCAGCUUGGCGAACGAAUACGGCAGCCAUAUCGCACCGCUCGGGGAGAUUCGCGCCCCUCCAGGCGGUCUAGUGACUGUCGAGGAGGCCAGUUCGGACAACGAAAGACAAGCUAACGAUAAUGUGGUCAUCUACGACGACGAGAACAGCGUGACGGAUGGCCGUGAUCACAUCUCAUUCUCCCAUUAUGGAUACUUUCAGCAUGGCCGGCAGCCCGGGAUGACGUCGUCCCACGGGGCGUUUCACUCGAUGCACCCUAUUUCCGAGGCAGACGUCUCGUCGACGCAGGCGCAACCUCUCACUCCCCGGUCCGCCGGGUUCAACCCAGGGCCGGAUCCCGAUGUUGAUUUAGGUCUGCCCGCCGCAAGUAGAGAAUCUGCGUCAAAGCCACGAUCGUAUGGGCGGGCGUUGCUGGCAAAGAAGGCCGUGUCAGGCACAGACCAGACGCAGGGUAUCUUGACGCCGGCUCUUGUAUCGGAGAUUCUUCUUGAUGCGCAAGCAGAUAGUCACGCGGUAGGCUCCGCACCGUCAUCAGAGCCUCGCCGUCGCUCGCCAAAAGGACACCCUCGUUCUCGGGUUGAUGCCGUCGGAGACCGGGAAAGCUCUUCUGGAGAAUCACCCAAGGCGUCGGUCCUGGGCGACGUGCAGGCUCUUAUCGGCUGGCUUACACAGUUUGCUGGCUAUAGAGCAGACGCCGGUGAGUCGAAGCAGACAGCUGAGAUGCGACUGCGGAUGACACUUGAGCGACAGAACGACCUCGUAUCCCUCGACUCAAAUUAAUUUGAACCAUAGACUCUUUGGUGAAACUGUUCAGGUAAUGAUGCAUGCCGUUAUGAUAAUGACCUCUGAUGAUGAUUUUCUGUUGGUGUCCAUGUAUUAUGCCAACUUUGAUGAAUGAUAUGUUCAUGUUAACCUCGCUUUUGAGUAUAUGCAAUUUCAAAUGAUAUCAUGAUCUUUCAUUCCGCAAUACAUCGUAGAACGCUUUCUCACCCACUUUGCCCCUCAAUGUCUGAGAGCAAUGUUUUCGCAAACGCCUCGAACCGGGGAUACGACCAGCAAUCCCGGUACCUGUCCACCAGCGGCCUCUCAUCCACGACCUCAUCGGAACUCUGUCGCUCUGAAGUCACCCCAUUCUGAUCCUCGUCUUCGUCCUCAUCAUCACUUCCCCCAGCCAUUUUCC